UCCCUCGCAACAGCCGUCGUUCUGCCGGCUCGCGUGUGUCUACGUAUAACAGUUCAAUAACAGUCGCCACGACGGACGCCGACGCCGAUACCGGUAUGGAGAAGAGAAUCGAACUGGAGAAACGGGGCCGACAUCCUUCGGAGAUAGAUCAAUUAAUUUUGGAUGAUUGUCGUAGCACUUCAAUAAUUGGACUUACAGAUGCAUAUGUUCGUUUGCGGAAUCUUAGUAUAAUCAAUGUUGGUUUAACGAGCUUAAAAGGUUUUCCAUCAUUGCCUUCACUCGUAUUUUUGGAUAUCAGUGAAAAUCGAAUUUCUAAUGGUCUUCAAACCCUCAGUGGUUGUAUUAAACUCAAAUCAUUGAAUCUCAGCCAAAAUAAAUUGAAAGAUAUUGAAUCAAUUGAUCCAUUGAAAUCUCUACCACGUCUUAGGUAUUUGGAUUUAUCUAAUAAUGAAGUAACCAAAGAAGAAGGGUAUAAAGAAUAUGUAUCAGAGUAUUUUUCCAAGACUAUUAAAUGUUUAGAUGGAGAUAUCUAUCUCAAUGGCAAAUAUGACUCUGACAGUGGCAGUGACUUGAAUGGAGAAGAUGGUUCAGAAUCUGAAGCUGAAGAAGAAGGUGAAGGUGAUGAUGAUGAUGAUGACGAUGACGAAGAUGAUGAUGAUGAAGACGAUGGUGAUGAUGACGACGAUGAUGACGAUGAUGCUGAUGCUGAAAAAGGAAAUGCUUGUAGUGAUGAAUCAUCUGACCAAGAAUCUGAUAAUGAAGGCUUAAAGUUGGAAGACUUGUUAAAAGACCAUAUUGAUGAAGAAAGCGAAGGAAAUGAUUAUGUAUUAGAUGAGGAAGAUGGUGUAGAUCAAGAAUCUACUGAUGAUAGUGAUGAUGAUGCAGGAGAAGGUGAUGAUACUACUGCUGAUGAUUCACAAGAUACUAGAGGGAAAAAAAGGAAACUUGAUGAAUAACCUAUUAAAAGUUUUUAAUAACUGUUACAUGAAGUGGAUCAAAUUGUAUGUAAAUGUCUCACACUUAUUUUUAAGUAUACAUUUAAAACCUUUUUAUUAUUUUAUUUGUAAAUUGAUUGUUUUAAUAGACAUAUUUUCAUGUUGUACCACGCAAAUCAUUUAACUUUUUUUAAACUUAAUAAUGUUAUUAUACCAUUUUAUUUUUUCUCUUUGGACUUACCAAGUGAAAGUUUUUUUUUGAUUACUUGGGUUGGCUUUUUUUUUACUUCAAAAUUGUUUAAAGAAUAUUUUUUUAAUUAUAUUUUUGAACAUCCGUGAAAUAUGUUUGUGCAACUUGAUAUCCCUGUUGUAAUUAAAUUGUAUUUUAAGACCAAAUAAUAAGUUAUUUGUGUGUUUAUAAAUAUAUAUAUAUUUUUAUUUGUCACAAUUAAGUUAUUAACUAUUAUUAUUAUAUUUAACUUUGUGUGACUGAUUAUUUUUGUUGUCAGUAUGAAUUUAAAAAUUAAAAUUCUCGAAGUAAUAAGUUAAUAUAGAUAGUGUUGUACAGGGUAUAAGAAUUAUUGAGUAUUUAAAAGUUAAUAGUUGCUGGUUGGUGGAAUGGUUAUAUAAUACAUUUAUCAAAUAUUUUAACUUAAUAACUAACUAUACCCUUUCUUUUUUAUUUUUAUUAAAAAUUAUCAUUUGUUCUAAUAUGUGAUAUUAUAUUCAAAAUAAUUUUUACUAUUAAUAGUGUUUAAGAAGGUAAACAUAUUUAGUUGAAUUUAAAAUGUAAGUUAUAGAUUUUUUAUAACUAAUUUUAAUAUAUGAUUUAUAUCUAAAACAAUUGUUUUUUUUUGAUAAUGUUAAAAAGCUAAAAUGUUUGGAAUAUUAUAAAUUAUAAUACAUAACAUUCAAUAAUAGUUUUAAAAAUGUGUCAUAUUUUUGUUUUUAAUUUUUCAUUAAUUCCUGAAUAAUGUAUUUUAAUUGUAAGACUGUUGCAACAUAAAUAAUUUUUAAUAAUUUUUUGGUAAUAAUAGUUUGUUUAUUUUAUUUAUUAUUACUGAUAUUUUUACCUCAAAGUUUACAUUCCAUUAAUUGGGUGUCUUAACUAUUAGUGAAUCUACAUUUUAAAAAAUGUAAUAAGAAUUAAUCAUUUAAAACAAUAUUUGAAAAGUGUAUAGUAUUCCACCACCCUAGUUUAUACUAUUUUAUUAUUUUUUUAUGCUCUAUUUUUUCUUACGCCCUAUGUAUGAAUUAUUUGCAUAUUAUUAUUGUGUAUUAAAAUCAAACAAAUUAUAAUAUAAAUUGAAUGAGCGUCCUUAAGUGUAUAUAAAUAUUUUUAUAAUAUAUUAGAUGAAAUAUUUAAUAUAAUCUUAUCGUAAAUUUUAACAUUUGAAUAACAAAAAAUGUGUUGUUUUGUAUAAAAAGCUCAAUGAUAUUUUAGUGAAUUCACCUUUUGUUAAUUCUAUUACGACAUAUUAACAAAGGACCAAUUCUAACAUGUUCAUCACAAGUAGUAAAUUAGUAUAGUAUAGUUGUUUAUACUUUCUUAAAAUAUUCAAAACAAAAUGUAUGGUGCAAAAUGUUCCUUAAUGAUUUGGAUAUUGUAAUAAUGUUGAUGUUAUUAUAAAUGUGUGUUUUGUGUAUAUUCACAAUUUACUGUUACAACUGUUAUUUGAAGUUUUUGGUAAUGUUGUUUUCAAACAAAAAAUUAAAUUUAAAUUUUUAAUGAAUUACUAUUAUGUGAAAAUUGGAUGUAAUUAAUUAUUAGAAGAAAUAAAUUAUGGUUGGUAUAAUAGUUGCAAUUUUCAUGUAAUAUAUCCUGUAUAACAGUGUUUCUCAACCAAAUUUGGGUAACAAGUUUUUUUAUGCUUCAUAACUCAUAAGCAUAUUAUAAUAUAAAAUUAUUUUAUUAUAGUAUAAUACACUGCUUCAACUUGUCUUGGUUUAAAGUUUGGCAAAAGGUCCUAAUAAUAGGUGACCAAUUUAAAAUGUUGGGAAACACUGGUAUCAUAGAGAAAGUAAUUAUUAAGAUAAUUGCUUUUCUCAUAAUGUUUAUUUUAUUCGAUUUGUCUGUAUGUAUAUUAGACUUAAUUUAAAUUAAAAACAAUAUUACAGAAUUCAACUCUUAAGAGAACCCAUGUGUCAUAAAAUUGUAAACCAUACAGCACAUCAUAUUGUAAUU